AUGGCGAUAUUCACAAAAUGGCGGCUAUUAGUGUUAAGCUUUAUGUGCUUGACUAUUCAACUGGAAGAAGUAAUGUCAUCGCAAGAGAUUAUGAAAACAUUAACGACUGGAUUUAUGAAAGCACUAGGAGCCUGUAGAAAAGAGUUGAACCUAGGUGACCACAUAAUGCAGGACUUCAUGAACUUCUGGCGCGAAGAAUAUGACCUGGUAAAUCGAGAGCUUGGAUGUGCGAUUAGCUGCAUAGCUUUAAAGUUGAACCUGUUGGAAGAUGACUUUAAAAUGCACCACGGCAACGCACAGGAGUUCGCAAUGAAGCACGGUGCUGAUGAAGCGUUGGCAAAGCAACUGGUGACGAUGAUCCACGAAUGUGAGAAGGCGAAUGAAGGUGGUGAUGACGACUGCCAGCGUAUGCUGGAAAUCGCGAAAUGCUUUCGUACAAAGAUCCACGAACUUAAGUGGGCGCCGUCCAUGGAGGUCAUAUUAGAGGAGAUUAUGACAGAAGUCUAA